AUGGGUGGCUCCAUUGACGAUACAGACCUACUUGCUCGUGAUGGGGAGGCCUUUGCACUGGGCCACUUCGCCGCGGGUCUUGGUGACGACUUCUUUGGCUUCCGAGAGAUGGGCCUCGAGUCCGAGCUCGGCGUGUCGAACCUGGCUGUGCCGAGUCGUUUGUUCUUUGGUGGCUCUGCUCCCAUAAAAGCAGCUUCGGGAGUCGAUGUCCUCGAAAAGCCUGCUUAUGCGCUUCCGCCACCGCCUGUGCCUCUGGUGCGGUGUGCCGUGCCAGCGCAAAUUGGUCUUGUACGGCCCUGGUACAUGAAGGAACUAGGGUCCGCCCAAGUGCUGGCAGAUGAUGUACCUGAGCGCCCGCGUUUCAAGGUGCCAACGUCUGGCAAGUUACCUCCUCGCCCUAUGGUUAGCCAAACUACGGUAUCGUCGCAACCCUCGUCGUCAGAGCGGCCUUCGGCCAGCACGACCUCCACGUCCACGGCGUCAACCUCAGUAGGGGCGGGUGUUUCGCUUUCACCUUCGUCCGCAGGAAAGAGGAAACGAACAGCGUAG